GCGCAGCUCGUCACCCCCCCGUGGUCGACAAGGACACGAGUGACAACCAGGCCAAUGCUGCCUGCGCGGAGGAGCAGGUCAGUAAGAUGGCAGCUCAGCUGGAGAGCCUACAGCAGCAAAUGGCAGCGAUGACAGUUGAGCGCAAUGCGCUCUUGGAGGAAAGGGAGUUGCUGAAAAGGUCCUUGGAGGGCAGGGGCAGAGGCGUCGGUCUUGGAGGCGAAGACGGGCAAGGCGAGAGCGACAAGCAGCCCGUCGAGGAGAGCGGAUCGGGUGGAGGUGCUGAAGAAACCGAGGCCGCUGGAGGCUACGACGAGAGCGAGCUGGACGGGCUGCCCAUCUCGGAGAGCGAGUGGAUGGAUUGGGCUGCGGAUGGGCAGGGCGCGGAGAGCGAGUGGGCAAGUUGGCAGCCUGCGGAGGACGGGCAGCCCGCCACGGAGAGCGAGUGGGCGGAGGACGGGGAGGUCGGACAGCGUGCAGAGGAGAGCGAGUGGCAGCCCGGCACGGAGAGUGAGUGGGUAGAGGACGGGCAGUGUGGGACGGAGAGCGAGUUGACGGGUUGGCAGCCUGCGGACGAGUGGGUGGAGGACGGGCAGCCUGGGACGGAGAGCGAGUGGGCGGGCUGGCAGCCUGGCACGGAGAGCGAGCGGGCAGGUUGGGAGCGUGCGCGGGAUGGGCAGCCUGUCACGGAGAGCGAGUGGGCAGGUGGAGCCUUGGCAGGCGGAGCUGAGAGCGCGCGCCCUACAAGGAAUGAUGAGGCCGCGGAGGAGAGCCAAUGGGCUGCCUGCCAGGCAGCUUGGGUUGAGACUGUCGAGAGCUACGGAGGGGGCGGCAGCCCAACGGAUCUUGAUGGCUACGGCAGCUCCGGCGGGCUUGCCAUUCGCAACACCGCUGGCGGAGGUGAGAAUGAAUGGGUUGCCCCAGCCCCAGCUGAACCUGCUCCACGCGCGACUCGGUCGGACGGCGCUGCUAACGCAACGCCUGGCAACUUACAGCGGAUUGGCCGCGGGCCGGGCAGCCAGAGAACACAGAAGAUGGCUUUGAAUGUCCGAGCGACAGCGGCGUCCCCGCCGAAGACCACGGCGGCGAAGCCGACCAUGGCAAAGAAGAAGAAGAAGAAGAAGAAGAAGGAGCUGAUGCUAUCGAUGGGGACGACAAAGAAGAAGACCGCACGAAGGAUCCGUCGCGGUUGCCUGCUCGGUCAACCAAGCGCCCAGCAGCCAAACCAAAAGCGGCCGCCAAAUGCAAGGCCGCCGCCAAGGGCAAAGCACAAGCAAAGGCUGCAGGGAAGGCUAAGGCCAAGGCUAAAGCCAAAGCAUUUCCCAGCCCCAACCAGCAAGCUGUUCGGGACAACGCGAAGAAAGUCUGGACUUCCGCCAAGCAGAGCUUCAUGGAAAGGCUUGGGGACUCGCAGAAAGGCAUGA